AUGGCAAUGGUAAACAACAAAGCACAAUGUUUUACAUGUAAUAAGGACAAGAUUACAUAUCCUUGCAAAGGAUGUUUAAAAGAAUUUUGUUUAAAUCAUUUAACAGAACAUCAACAAAUAUUAAACGAAGAAUUAAAUCAUAUUAUUAAUGACUAUGACCAAUUUAAACAAACAAUUAAUGAACAAAAACAAAAUUCACAAAACCCACAAAAUCAUUCAUUAAUAAAACAAAUUGAUCAAUGGGAAACAAAUUCAAUUGAAAUAAUUCAAGAAAAAGCACAAAAAUGUAGAAAAAUUGUUGCUAAGUCUUCAGAAACAUUUAUUCAUGAUAUUGAAAAGAAAUUUAAUGAUUUAUGUGAACAAAUAAAACAAAUUCAUGCUGAAAAUGAAUUUAAUGAAACUAACUUAAUUUAUUUAAAAAAUCAACUAAUAAAAAUGACAGAAGAAUUAAAUAAUCCAUCAAAUAUGUCUAUUCAACAAAAUUCACAAACAUUUAUUAAUGAUAUUUCAAUUAUUUCAUCAGAAAUAUCGAAAUUCAACAAAUGGAAACAAAAUGGCAUCACUGUAGCUGGCGGAAAUGGAGAAGGACAGAAAUUAAAUCAACUCAAUCGCCCUUUUGGAGUCUUUGUUGAUGAAAAGAAAAAUAUUUUCAUAGCUGAUUUUUUCAAUCAUCGUAUUGUUGAAUGGAAAUAUAAUGCGAAGCAAGGAUAA